ACCACACUUUAAAUAGCCAGCACCUUCCUCCUCCCUCUUAGACAAUUCUUCUUUCCCUCCCUGGACUGGACCUCUGGCAGCAACUUCAAAGAAGGUGGGAUGGAUAGCCAGGUCUUGGGCACAGCCAGUAAUGGAGAGACAAAGCCAGUGUACCCAGUCAUGGAAAAGACGGAGGAAGGCGGCACCCUGGAACGGGGGCACUGGAACAACAAGAUGGAGUUUGUGCUGUCAGUGGCCGGGGAGAUCAUUGGGCUGGGCAACGUCUGGAGGUUUCCCUAUCUCUGCUACAAAAAUGGGGGAGGUGCUUUUUUCAUCCCCUACCUCAUCUUCCUUUUCACCUGUGGCAUUCCUAUCUUCCUCUUGGAGACAGCACUGGGCCAGUACACAAGCCAGGGAAGCGUCACAGCCUGGAGGAAGAUCUGCCCCAUCUUUGAGGGCAUCGGCUACGCCUCCCAGAUGAUCCUCAUGCUCCUCAACACCUACUACAUCAUUGUCCUGGCCUGGGCCCUCUUCUACCUCUUUAGCAGCUUCACCAUCGACCUUCCCUGGGGAAGCUGCCGCCACGAGUGGAAUACAGAGCACUGUGUGGAGUUCCAGAGGAUCAAUGGCUCCCUGAAUGUGACCUCUGAGAAUGCCACCUCUCCUGUCAUUGAGUUCUGGGAGAGGCGGGUCCUGAAGAUCUCUGAUGGCAUCCAGCACCUGGGGGCCCUGCGCUGGGAACUAGCUGUGUGCCUCUUGCUUGCCUGGGUCAUCUGCUACUUCUGCAUCUGGAAGGGGGUCAAGUCCACGGGCAAGGUGGUGUACUUCACAGCCACAUUCCCUUACCUCAUGCUGGUGGUCCUGUUAAUUCGAGGCGUGACACUGCCGGGGGCAGCCCAAGGGAUUCAGUUUUACCUGUACCCAAACCUCACACGCCUGUGGGAUCCCCAGGUGUGGAUGGACGCGGGCACGCAGAUCUUCUUCUCCUUCGCCAUCUGUGUCGGCUGCCUGACAGCCCUGAGCAGCUACAACAAGUUCCACAACAACUGUUACAGGGACUGCAUGGCCCUCUGCUUCCUCAACAGUGGCACCAGCUUUGUGGCUGGGUUUGCCAUCUUCUCCAUCUUGGGCUUCAUGUCCCAAGAGCAGGGGGUGCCCAUCUCCAAGGUGGCCGAGUCAGGCCCUGGCCUGGCUUUCAUUGCCUACCCCCGGGCGGUGGUGAUGCUGCCCUUCUCGACUUUCUGGGCCUGCUGCUUCUUCUUCAUGAUCAUCCUCCUGGGACUGGAUAGUCAGUUUGUGUGUGUAGAGAGCCUGGUGACAGCGCUGGUGGACAUGUACCCCCAGGUGUUCCGUAAGAAGAACCGGAGGGAGGUCCUCAUUCUCGGAGUAUCUGUCAUCUCCUUCCUUGUUGGGCUGGUCAUGGUCACAGAGGGCGGUAUGUAUGUGUUUCAGCUCUUUGACUACUAUGCAGCCAGUGGCAUGUGCCUCCUGUUCGUGGCCAUCUUUGAGUCCCUCUGUGUGGCUUGGGUCUACGGAGCCGGGCGCUUCUAUGACAACAUUGAAGAUAUGAUCGGGUACAGGCCUUGGCCUCUUGUCAAAUAUUGUUGGCUCUUCCUCACACCGGCUGUGUGCACAAGGAAACUGAAGCCAAAGGGGUUUAGCACUUUACCCAAGGCCACCUUCCUGUUCUCCCUGAUCAAGUACACCCCGCUGACCUACAACAAGAAGUAUACGUACCCUUGGUGGGGGGAUGCCCUGGGCUGGCUCUUGGCGCUGUCCUCCAUGGUCUGCAUUCCCACCUGGAGCUUCUACAAACUCAGCACCCUCAAGGGCUCCUUCAGAGAGAGACUUCGCCAGCUCGUGUGCCCAGCUGAGGAACUGGCCCAGCGGAGCCAAGCAGGACCCUCUGCCCCUGCCUCACCCAGGACAUCACUUCUCAGACUCACAGAACUAGAGUCCCACUGCUAGGAGGGUGGGCCCUUGGACAGUGCCUGUGGGGCUGGCCUGGGGACGGCUGCACAAGGGGAGGGUGGGAGCAGUCCCUCUGUGCUUUUUCUGUCUCCCACCUGGGGUAGAUUAUUAGAUAAAGGGGGUAUUUUGGAACCACCUUCUCAGCUGGGUGCCUCCCACUCCAAUUUCCCUGCCCCAGCGGUGGCUGAGCAGGUGUGAAAUGCCAGUAUGCACAGCAUAGCCUUUGAGAGGGGCCGAGGAAGCUGGGUGAGGGCUGGUGGGUGGGCUGAGAGGUCUGUUUGGCUUCUGCCCCUCUUACCCUUCAUUCCAUUAAAUCAGAGUUCUUCCCGCUGA